AUGACAUGAGGGAAAUUAGGGCAAUUGAAAAACAUAUUGAGGACAAAAAAAAGGGCAAAGUUAAAUAUUAUACUAAUAAGGCAUUAGAGGAUUUAAGUAAACUUGAUGAAAAAACUCAAAAAAAGAUUAAAAAAAGAGUAGAAAAUCAUUUAGCCACUCACCCUACUCAAAAUGUUUAUAAGAUAAAGAAAAAAGGAGAAGGAAAAAUAGUUGUAGUAGUAGAGGUAGGAGAACGCAAUGCGAGACAAAAAGAAAGUAUUUAUAAUAGAGAACCGCCUCGUCCUACUUCCAAAAACCAAAGACAAGAAAGAACCUUAAAAGAAGUAGAAAAGGCCGUGAAUAAGAUACUCAAUGCCGAUCCUACUGAUCGAGAGGCAUUAGAAUUAUGA